UAAGAACCUUUCAAUACUCGUACGUAGCACUCACAAUAGUGAAGUCAGAAAAAUAAGUAGUGAAAUGAAAAAUUCUGCAGCUGCGGUGAAAGGCACAUAAACAACUCAAACUACAAUUACAACACAUGAAACUUUUUUCUGAAUAUCAGCACAGUGCCAUUGACUCUUACAGAAAUUCAUAGACGUUUCGUUGUUUACGAUUCAACACGAGUGAAAUGAGUGUGUUGCCUUUGUGCUAUACAUGUAUGUAUAGUAUAUACAUACGUACAUGUGUGUAUGUGUGCAUGCUGAACUUUUAUUGGCAUUGCCACCGCUACUUCAAUGUCGCUGCGGCAACGUGAAUUUAUUUAUUUUUGCUUUUGCUUUAAUAAAUAAAAUACUGCAGUGUCACAAAGGAAAUAAAUAAUAUUUCACCACUACAAACAAACAUUUUAGUGCAUUUGGUGUAAAGGUGUAUGUGCAACUGUUGCUAAAUAAUUACAUAUGUGAAAAAUGACAAUGAAAACCUUAAAUUAACGGUCAUUUUUGAAAAGUUUAACCGCCUAACUACAACCUACUCGCGCGGUAACCUCUUGUGAUACGGACGCAGCAUGCGCCUGCCUAGAAAAAAUGUCAGUGCAGCGCAAUAUACAAAAAACUCGAUAUAUUUCGUCUGCUCCAGCUGAUACAACACGCCGAAAACAUGUCCAUUUUCGUGAAAUUCAUAGUGAAGAGUCGACACGAAGACACGAAUGCCAAUCAGCCAGCUUACAGCCAUCAAUACGUCACCCACAACUUGCGCUGGAUGACUCUGAUGAGAGUUUUUCACACACUUUGAGUCAUAGCAGCGCUACCACGUCGAACACUCCGAAUUCGGGGGCCGGUGGCAUUAGAAGUAGUCAAAGCUUUUAUCGUUUGCCAGAUGAUUUACUCGCACGUGGCGAUUUCAUUGCUUAUCAGGGUGCCAAUGUAACGGAUUUUUUCAAUACGACGAACACUACACGGCCGAAACGUGUCUCGGAGAUUUGUUUGGUCAAUGAUCAUUACAUUUUGGUAAAGAUACCUGCAUCGCAAAUGGAACAUGUUGCCACUAUGGAUACAAUUGCUGAAGAAGAAGACAGAUCGAGUGAUAAUUGUGCGCAACGAAAAGGUUUCUUGCGUUAUUUUCCCGGCCAAAGAAAUCGACGCGUACUACCUUUGACAACCGUGAGUAGGGUGAAAAUGGAAGAAGCUGCGAAUACGAAUGCUGGCAAAACUCAUUCCACGCUAAAGUGUCCACUAGCGCAUUGUUGGCGCACAAAUGAAACACCUGAGGUGUUUGACACGCGCACAAAAAUUUUCGGACUAUUUUGGAAACAGAAAGCGCCCGGAAAAGUGAUAACAAUACAACCUACUAAAAGUGACACAGCGGAACCGUUGGACCUGCGUUACCAGGGAGCGCGUAACGCCGAGAAUGGCUUGCCGGUUCUAGAGAACGAUAACAAAGUUGAUAAAGGCGCUUUUGGUAGUCCUUUAAACACGCCAUUAAAAGUGGCGCCAACACCAUCUUUCUUCGGUGGUGCUUUGCAGACAUCUCUGCACGAUGCAGUCUCGCUAGAACAACACGCAGCCUGGAUAAAUGAUGAUGACUUGGAUAUGAAGCAAGUUUUUCGAAAGGACAACACCAAAUCACCAGUGGAAAGCAAGGCAACAAAACGUCGCACAAACGUAUUUCGCUGGUUCUUCAAGCGCACGAAAGCGCCCAAGCCCAAAAACAAAAUACACGCCGUCGUUUAUAAAACAUAUUUCGUGCGUUGGAAAAAGCCACCCGAUGAGAAGUGCCCACAUUGCGGACAUGCCAGAAAUGACGAUGUGGCUGCAGUUAAAACGUGCAAAUGGAAGCGCUGCCGCUCCGCCACCUUUUAGUUGUUCUCCAAGACGCUAUAUAUUGUGAUAAAGAGUUAAGAAAGACAGGUUGUGAAUAUUUGUAAGUGUAGGAUUUGUAUAGGGAUAAUCCAUAAAUUGUAGCAAUAAUGAAAAAUAAAAGGUUUAUCUAAUA